AUGUUGUUUCCAAGCAACAUCCUCUUAGGGGUUUUCUUCUUAUCUGAGUUCUGUGUGGGUGUCAUAGGGAACUCAUUGCUCUUCAUGCUGUAUGUGUACAAAUUCUUGGUCAAAGCUUGCUUUAACAGACCCAUUGAUCCCAUUUUCAUGCACCUGAUGAUAGUCAAUAUAUUGACAAUCAUAUUCUCUAUUAUACCAUAUAUCACGUCAUCCUUUGGAGUGCCCAAUUUUCUGGAUGAUGCUGGCUGUAAGGCAGUUGAGUAUGUCUACAGAGUCACCAGGUCUAUGUCCAUCUCUACCACUUCUAUCCUAAGCACAUUACAAGCCAUGACCAUCACUCCCAGUAAUUCUAAGUGGGCAUGGCUUAAUCCUAGACUCUGUAAGUGGACUUUUUGCUCCUUCCUGUUUUCCUGGCUUGUCAACAUAGUCAUAUACAUGCACCUCAUUAAGACCAUGAUGGCAAAAACUAAUUACACUGAUAUUGAUUAUGGUUAUUCUCAUGUUUACUGUGUAAGUCUUCCACCAAAGUACCCAAACCCAAGAUUAUUUCUGAGUAUUUUCAUAACAAGUGACCUGUUCUUUCUGGCCAUCAUGGUAUGGACCAACCUCUACAUGGUGACCCUCCUCUACAAGUACCGCAAGAGAGCCCAGCAUCUCAGCAACUCAAGCCUCUUCUGCAAGUCUCCUGAACGCAAAGCUCUUCAUACAAUCCUGUUCCUUGUAAACAGCUUUGUGUUCUUUGAUUUGUUGAACAACUUUGCCACUCUUUAUGAUAAGUUUUAUACACAUGAAAGAAUGCUAAGUUUGGGGGCAAUGAUCGCAAUCGUGGCAUUAUUUUACCCUACACUCUGUCCAUUUCUACUGAUGAACACUAAUAAAAUUCUUUCACAGUGUAUUUCUUUCCUACCAAUACUGAAAAUUACCUAUUUUCAAAAAGCAGUUGGUGCCUGA